GAAGCCCUCUGGCUCCUUCCCGCAGCGGCUCUUGAAGCUGUAAGAGGCUGAGGCCGCUGCUCCCAUCUUCCGAGGCUCCGCUCAACUCAGAACAGCCACUUCUUCCAAACUCUACGUCUUGGCGGACUUUACAGAGGAAACCGGGAGGUGGCAGGUGGUGAUGGAGUUUGAAGAGGACCUUAACAGAAGAGCAGACAAAAACUUCUCAAAGAUGGGCAAAAAGAGUAAAAAGGAGAAGAAAGAAAAGAAACCUGCUGUCGGCAUAUUUGGGAUGUUUCGCUAUGCAGAUUGGCUUGACAAGCUAUGCAUGGUUCUGGGAACUCUCGCUGCUAUUAUCCAUGGAACAUUACUUCCUCUCUUGAUGCUGGUGUUUGGAAACAUGACAGAUAGUUUUACAAAAGCAGAAACCAGUAUUCUGCCAAGUAUUACUAAUCAAAGUGGAAUCAACAGCACACAGAUCGUCAGCAACAACAGUCUGGAGGAAGCCAUAGCCAUGUAUGCCUACUAUUACACCGGGAUUGGUGCUGGUGUGCUCAUAUCUUACACAUCCCGUGUCUUUGUGCUGAGGCCACAUGGACCACAGAACACUGUUAAUGACAAAUCUACUGGAAACAACUUUGAUGUCUCCAAAAUUAAUGAUGGAAUUGGUGACAAAAUUGGAAUGUUUUUUCAGUCCAUAACAACAUUUUUAGCUGGCUUUAUAAUAGGAUUUAUAAGUGGCUGGAAGCUAACCCUUGUAAUUCUGGCUGUCAGCCCUGUAAUUGGACUGUCAUCUGCUUUGUGGGCAAAGGUAAUGACUUCAUUUACUAAUAAGGAACUCCAGGCCUAUGCAAAAGCUGGAGCCGUUGCUGAAGAAGUCUUAGCAGCCAUCAGAACUGUGAUUGCGUUUGGAGGACAAAAGAAGGAAUUGGAAAGGUACAAUAAAAAUUUAGAAGAAGCUAAAAAUAUUGGCAUAAAGAAAACUAUCACGGCCAGCCUUUCCAUAGGCAUUGCCUACCUGUUGGUCUAUGCAGCAUAUGCACUGGCAUUCUGGUAUGGGACCUCCUUGGUCCUCUCAAAUGAAUAUUCUAUUGGACAAGUGCUUACUGUCUUCUUCUCCGUCUUGUUGGGGACUUUUAGUAUUGGACAUCUAGCUCCAAACAUAGAAGCCUUUGCAAACGCAAGAGGGGCAGCUUUUGAAAUUUUCAAGAUAAUUGAUAAUGAGCCAAGCAUUGACAGCUUCUCAGCAAAGGGACACAAGCCUGACAGUAUAGUGGGAAAUUUAGAGUUUAAAAAUGUUCACUUCAACUACCCGUCACGAAGUGGAGUUAAGAUCUUGAAGGGCCUCAACCUGAAGGUGAAGAGUGGACAGACGGUGGCCCUGGUUGGCAACAGUGGCUGUGGGAAAAGCACAACUGUCCAGCUGCUGCAGAGGUUCUACGACCCCGUUGAGGGCGUGGUCAGUAUCGACGGACAGGACAUCAGGUCUAUCAACGUGAGGUAUCUGCGGGAAAUCAUUGGAGUGGUGAGUCAGGAACCUGUGCUGUUUGCCACCACGAUCGCUGAGAACAUUCGCUAUGGCCGAGAAGAUGUCACCAUGGAGGAGAUUGAGAAAGCUGUCAAGGAAGCCAAUGCCUAUGACUUCAUCAUGAAACUGCCCCACAAAUUUGACACCCUGGUUGGUGAGAGAGGGGCGCAGCUGAGUGGGGGACAGAAACAGAGAGUCGCCAUUGCGCGGGCCCUGGUGCGCAACCCCAAGAUCCUCCUGCUGGACGAGGCCACCUCGGCCCUGGAUACAGAAAGUGAAGCUGUGGUGCAGGCUGCUCUGGAUAAGGCUAGAGAAGGCCGGACCACCAUUGUGAUAGCUCAUCGCUUGUCUACAGUACGCAAUGCAGACGUCAUUGCUGGUUUUGAUGGUGGUGUCAUUGUGGAGCAAGGAAAUCAUGAUGAGCUCAUGAGAAAAAAGGGCAUUUACUUCAAACUUGUCAUGACACAGACUAGAGGAAAUGAAAUUGAACCAGGAAAUAAUGCUUAUGAAUCCCAAAGUGACACUGAUCCCUGUGAAUUGACUUCAGAAGAAUCAAAAUCUCCUUUAAUAAGGAGAUCAAUUUGCAGAAGUAUCCACAGGAAACAAGACCAAGAGAGAAGACUUAGUAUGAAAGAGGCCAUGGAUGAAGAUGUGCCUCUGGUUUCCUUUUGGAGGAUCCUAAAGCUAAAUAUAAGUCAAUGGCCUUAUUUGGUUCUUGGUGCACUUUGCUCUGUUAUAAAUGGGUGCUUGCAACCUGUGUUUGCCAUAGUAUUCUCUAAGAUUGUAGGGGUUUUUUCAAGAGAUGAUGACCAUGAAACUAAACAACAGAAUUGUAAUUUGUUUUCCCUGUUCUUUCUGGUCAUGGGAAUCGUUUCUUUUGUUACAUAUUUCUUUCAGACCUUCGCAUUUGGUAAAGCUGGAGAGAUCCUCACCCAGCGAGUCCGAUACAUGGUUUUCAAAUCCAUGCUGAGACAGGAUAUAAGCUGGUUUGAUGAUCAUAAAAACAGCACUGGCUCACUGACCACCAGGCUCGCCAAUGACGCUUCCAAUGUUAAAGGGGCUAUGGGUUCCAGGCUUGCUGUAGUUACCCAGAAUGUAGCAAACCUCGGGACAGGAAUUAUCCUAUCUUUAGUCUAUGGCUGGCACCUGACACUUUUACUUGUAGUGAUUAUACCGAUCAUUGUAUUGGGUGGAAUUAUUGAAAUGAAACUGUUGUCUGGUCACGCCUUGAAGGACAAGAAACAGCUAGAGAUCUCUGGGAAGAUUGCUACAGAAGCAAUUGAAAACUUCCGCACUGUCGUCUCUUUGACUCAGGAGCAGAAGUUUGAAACUAUGUAUGCCCAGAGCUUGCAGAUACCAUACAGAAAUGCGAUGAAGAAGGCACAAGUCUUCGGGAUCACGUUCGCUUUCACCCAGGCCAUGAUGUAUUUUACCUAUGCUGCUUGUUUCCGGUUUGGUGCCUACUUGGUGGCACAACAACUCAUGACUUUUGAAAAUGUUAUGUUGGUAUUUUCUGCUGUUGUCUUUGGUGCCAUGGCAGCUGGGAAUACCAGUUCAUUCGCUCCUGACUACACGAAAGCCAAAGUGUCAGCGUCGCAUAUCAUCAGGAUCAUUGAGAAAACCCCUGAGAUUGACAGCUACAGCACGGAGGGCCUGAAGCCUAAUCUGUUAGAAGGAAAUGUGAAAUUUAAUGGAGUCAUGUUCAACUAUCCCACCCGACCCAACAUCCCAGUGCUUCGGGGGCUGAGCUUCGAGGUGAAGAAGGGUCAAACACUGGCCCUGGUGGGCAGCAGUGGCUGCGGGAAGAGCACAGUGGUCCAGCUGCUCGAGCGCUUCUACAACCCCAUGUCUGGAACAGUGUUUCUAGAUGGCAAAGAAAUAAAGCAACUGAAUGUCCAGUGGCUCCGAGCACACCUGGGCAUUGUGUCCCAGGAGCCCAUCCUGUUUGACUGCAGCAUCGCAGAGAACAUCGCCUACGGAGACAACAGCCGGGUUGUGGCUCAUGAUGAGAUUGAGAGGGCGGCCAAGGAGGCCAACAUCCACCAGUUCAUCAACUCGCUGCCUGAUAAAUACAACACCAGAGUGGGAGACAAAGGGACUCAGCUGUCGGGAGGGCAGAAGCAGCGCAUCGCCAUCGCACGCGCCCUUGUCAGACAGCCUCACAUUUUAUUUGGUGCAAUUGUGGAACAGGUUGUCCAGGAAGCGCUGGACAAAGCCAGGGAAGGCCGCACCUGCAUUGUGAUCGCGCACCGCCUGUCCACCAUCCAGAACGCAGACGUGAUCGUGGUGAUUCAGAACGGCAAGGUCAAGGAGCAGGGCACCCACCAGCAGCUGCUGGCGCAGAAGGGCAUCUAUUUCUCAAUGGUCAGUGUGCAGGCCGGAGCAAAGCGCUCAUGAGCUGGGACUGUCUAAGGUGCUAAGGGUUUUUAAUAUUGGCGUUUAAACAUGGCACUUAACCAAAGAUAAAAGGCGAGGACUGUUAAAGGUAAUUUCAUCAAGAUGAGAAGCCUUCAGAGACUUCAUAAUUAAAUGAACUGAAAUUGAAAAAAAAAUCAUCAUUAAACAGAGCCAUGUUUUUAAUUGUAUUAUGUGAUUCAUAAGAGAACUAUAGUUUUUUUAAAAUAAAAUGUGUAAUUUUGUUUCAGUUUUUAAUUUCUACCCUACAUUCUUAAAUGAUUAUAAAGAUUGUAAAAAUGUACUAUUUCUUAAAUUGGCUAUAAAAAUUAAAUUUUCAUAUAAUUGGA